GCAUUUCGCAUCGCGUUUGUUUACCGGCGGCGGCGGCGCGGCGCGGGCGCGGGCGGGCGCGCGGGUUGGCGAGCCGCCAGCUUCGCCGGAUCGCGGUCACACCAAUACAUUCAGAUUUCUCGGGAAAAAAUAACAGGCGGACGAUAAGCAGUGAUCUUAUCAGCAUCUUGAUGCUGAAUCACGGUCUGUCGUUUGGUGCCAUCGGAGAAAUUGUGGUUUAAGUUUAAAGCUGGUGGUGUGUUAGUCCUCUUGAACAGGCGUGGCGGUAUUGUGGCGCCGCGCCCCCGCGCCGCCGCUGCCAAGUGGGCCAGGACGAAGCGAGUCAGCGCGUGCGCAGCUGCCGCGCUCAAGCGCAGUGGAGGCCGGAGGCCUGGUGCAGGACUAAGGGCUCUUGGGGCUGUGAAGAAACGUCCUUUCAAUUGUACACAUUAUGGAGACGGUGUACCCGGCAGCGGCGUCGGCGCUGGCACGCGGUCGCCGGGCGCGUCGCGGCGGCGCGCGCGCCAGGCAUCGCACCAUGCCUGUAACCUUCGCGGAGAUCAAAGAAGUGGACGAGGAGAACGAAGAGGAAGCAAGCACAGCGCCGGCAUCACGCGGCUCGGGCUCCAGCGAGCGCGCCGCCGCUCGCUGGAGACCGAGCCGCGACGUGCUGGACGAGCGGCUCGGCCGGCAGUUCCUCGAGUUCCGGCGUCGGCGCAAGCGUGAUGCACUAUCCGAACCGCCGGAUGAGCCCGCCGCCGCCGCCGCCGCCGCCGCCGCCGCCGCCGCCGCCGCCGCCGCCGCCGCCGCCGCCGCCGCCGCCGAGCUCGCGCCGACGCCGCCUCGCGCCGGCUCCGCGCCCAUGGAGCCGCGCUGAUAGCUCGCACUAUUGAACUUUAAUAUUAAGCAGUUACGUUAUAUGGCCGAUAUUGAUGAGAAUCAAUUAGUUAGUGGCUGUCUGUCUGACACAGUAUUUUCAUACCCAGGUCCACCGAUGUCGAAUAAGUAGUUAUAAAUGACGUGGCCAUAUUGCCAAUUAUACUUCGGGUAGAGACCAACAGACACUAGCUGGUCACUGGUAGAGGAUUAUUCGGUUGCACUGCACCUAACCGUCUGUUGUAUGGGAAAUUUCAUAGUUCUCAGCUGAGUGACGUUGAUCAAUUCGUCAAUUGGGGUUGCAGGUUCUAAAAAAAAACAGGUACAAAUCACAAAGCUUAAAAAAGUAGUACCUACAUGACAUAAAUCAGUGGGCGAUGUUGUUCCAGAUAAUCGUGUAAUUCCGUUUUAUACUUACAUAUUCGGCGAGAAAACUUCAGUAGUAGAAAUAAGUAAUAAGUUCCUGAAGAAGUUUGGCUUUGUUUUGUUUUAUAAUUACAUAUAAAAUAGGUAGGCGUGUAACGUAGUAGGUAUUAACGAAUUUAUAUUGUACCUACAUAUAGACCGCGGGCCGGAGCAUAAUUAUAUCGUCAGUCAUCGCCUCCCGGUUGAUACUUUGUUAGAUGAUAGUUUAGAUGCUAUCAUAAAUUAAAAAAAUAGUCGGCCAGUUAUAUCGCGGUAAAAAGAACGUCAGUUGAUCACAUAUCACAUGCACAUGUAAAAAAAUUGUUUUCAGUCAUCGCCUCCCGAUUUAUACUGUGUCAACUUGUCAAGUUUAGAUUUAGAUGCUAAAUUAUAAAUAAAUAAAGAAAACUGUCAGCCGGCUGUAUAGCGGUGGAAAGACAAAGAUGAACAAUGUAAAAAAUACGCGCCUUACCAUUUAUGUCCGCAAAGUAUGCGUAUUCCGUAAGGCGUUUAUUGAAACGUCUGAUGGAAUGCUACAUGCAAAGCUUCGUGCUUUUAUUAUCACUAUCAUAAAAAGGUAAAGCGCUUUUUUUUACAUAUUUAUGCGACCAGCUGACGGUCUUCCCACCGCGAUACAAGCGGCUGACGAUUUUAAAAUAAUGAACUUCUCAUCAAACCCCGUUUCUGUUGAGCUGAGUUUUUUAUUUUCUACGCGACUACAUAAUGUAAUAUAUAAUGUGUGGGAAUGAAACAAUGUAUUAUCACGAAUAAUGUAUUUAUUGUACAAUAAAAUAAUUUAAACAACUUUCACGCAGCGCGCAGUCAACUGUACAUACACACCUACCAACAAUCUUACAUUAGUAUAAAUAUAAAUAACUUAACGUUAGGUAUGGCAGUAUCUUACAGGUCAGGAGGUUUCGUGUUUGAGCGGCGAGACCCCGCCGCGUGCCGGACCACGCUGGUAACAAAGUUUUAUUUUGGCCACUGCGAUCGAGCGGAAAAAUAUACCCAUUUUUUUCUGUGAGAUUAACACAACCCACCACUCGAAGUUAGUCAUAUUGUAAGGUAAACUGGGUGCCUAGCCAAGAUGCCAAUCGUUUAUGCCCCGUAGCGAACGAAACGAAAAUAUGGAAGCGUUAUAGAUAGAGAUUACCGUUUCGUUCGCUACGGCGUAAACUAUUGGCAUCUUGGCUAGGCACCCUGUUACUAUAUUUUUUCCUGUGAAGAUCGCGAGACGAUCGUGAGAUAGACUGAAGACUGGUGUGUCACGUGAAAUGGUCAGUUGUGCUAGCCCCGUGCCGUGGGUAUAUUAAGGUACUUUAGUGUUUAUUUGCUCAGGGGGUUCAGGUUCAUGUUUUAUCUCUCCGACUAAAACUUAAAAUCUAAAGACAUAUUAAUGCUUUAGGGCAGACACGCAGCAUACAAGUCACUCGGUCGUGUCCCUAUAUGUAUAUAACAUUCACUGUACUACAAGGUUUAUCACAUCUACAUGAUGAAAUCUGGAGGAACGAGUUAUAUCAUAUCCUCAUAUCAUAUGAGGAUAUCAUAAGGCAAUAAAUAAAGUGAUAGUACUUCGAAAGACUAGACUCGCAUCAGUAGCGAUGGCGUAGCUCUACCUCAGGUCAUGGUUUCGGUGAUUAAAACUGUUACGUAGCACAAACAAUUUCGUACAUGGCGGGUCACCAUUUGCUAUCUCUAUCGCACGCGCAUAAUUAAUUAUUGUUGCUGUCCCGCUCGCACAGUGGCAUUGACUGCUGAUGGUGACAGGUGGGACACCAAUAUACCUAAUGACGCGCGUGCGAUAGAGAUAGGAGAAAGGCGAGUCAAUGUACGGAAUUCCUCGUGGAUAGUGUAUUUUCUUUACUUUAGCAUAAUAUAUAACAUUUUCUGUGCAAA